GAGCGCAUUUGCUACAUUCGAACGAUCUCUCAACCUAUAACUGAUUUGAUUGAUUACAACAGUACACUACCUUGUCGUGACAUGGGUCAGAGACUAAGUGACCCUGUCCCUGAGGUAUCCCAUAGGGAGAAACCAAAGGAGACACAGGAACAUAAAGAUAAACCCAAGGAGAAGAGGAUCCCUCAAGCCCUGACCUUUCUUCAGCUGUUUACACUGCUGAGCUGCGUCAAGGUGAAGAAAACACCCUUUGAUCCCUCCCAGAGUGGUGAUGGGAGAAAGGGAACAACGAUAAAUGAUACAAACAACAAUAAUGACUCAGAUACUGGCUUGGACUACUCUGCAGGUGACGUGAAAAGAAACAAGGACAAGAGUAAAGGAAAGGUUGGGGGAGAGAAACAUAGCAUUGAAUCUCAGGACCACAAAUCCAGAACGACACAGGAAAAAGAAAAGGACAUUAAACUAAGACCUAACUCGGUCUCCCCUGACGAGCAAGCAAAGGAGACCCAGCAGAAAGAGAAGAAGAAGAGCAUCCAUCCAGCUGUGGCGGCCCUGCAGCUGUUCACUCUCUUCUGCUGUGGUGGGAAAGUCAAGCUGAGGAAGACUCGUCCCUCUCAGAACAGACAGAGUAGAAAGGACCAGGACAAAGAUAAUGCAUCUGAUACCGGUUCAGACUUGUCUGGAGGUGAUGUUACAACCCAAAGGGUCAAGGACAAGAGUAAUGGAAAGGUGGGCAGGGAGAAAGACCGGACUGAAGUUCAGCUGUUGAAAUCAUCUCAGGACCACGAACCCGAAAAUCGAAGGACACGCCGGCAAGUGAAGACCCCUGUGGAGGAAAUUUACAUAAGACCUGACUCUCCGACUCUACCACGUGCCCACAGAUCAGUCUCUCAGUUGUCCCUGGCUCGGAACCUGGCCAUCGUCCCGCUGGAGUGGCAGCUUCCCGGAGUCCCUCUGCCCACCUCGUCUAUGGCAACUAGGACAGAGAAAACGCCAUCCUCUACCAACACUUCGACACAUGCGCAGAUGGAAACACAGACAUCAGAUAUGAACACAGACACACGGACCGAUUCUACCUCUCAGAGCCAGAUCUCCAUGGUCUCAUCGGAGACCAUGAUAGAUCUUCACAUGUCAGACUACAUUACCCAGACCUCCACUCUUGACAUGGCACUGGCCCCUGAGAGCACUAAGGACAUGAACACUACUGAUGAGGACGUGAAGGAUGACUCUGCUAAAGAUUUGAUCUCCACCCUAACAGACACCUCUAUGAAGAAAUCCAUCAGUGAGACCAGCCUGGAAGACCUCAUCGCUGAGUAUGAAGAUGACAAUGAGCUGAAGGAUAUGGCUGCAUCCGCUACCCCUGCUACUGAUAAUGACAAUGAGGAUGCAAUGCUGCUGGAGAUUGCAGCACUUUUUGACUGAUUACAUGUUGACAGUGGAGACCGAGCUGCCUCUGCAUCUCUGAAGAGCCAAUAGGUCUAAUGAACAUUUCAAUGUAGCAAAAGCUAAACUUUGAACAAUUAA